UCGACGCGCCAACGUCACGCGUAUCCUGCAACUCCUCUUCACUGAUUGGUCCGAAUGAUAACUCCUUUACGGCCGCGCUCCUCCCUUCCCUCUUGUGCUGAAGAAGCGAACAUGGAGACAGCUGGAAAAGUGAUCAAGUGCAAGGCAGCUGUUGCCUGGGAAGCUGGGAAGCCUCUCUCCAUUGAAGAGGUGGAGGUAGCCCCACCAAAGGCCCAUGAAGUUCGCAUCAAGAUCUUUGCUACAGGGGUGUGUCAUACCGAUGCCUACACUCUGAGUGGAAGUGACCCUGAGGGACUUUUCCCUGUCAUCCUGGGUCAUGAGGGAGCUGGAACAGUUGAGAGUGUUGGUGAGGGGGUCACCAAAUUCAAGCCAGGUGAUACGGUCGUCCCGUUGUAUGUCCCACAGUGUGGGGAAUGCAAAUUCUGCAAAAAUCCCAAGACCAACCUCUGCCAGAAAAUCAGGAUCACUCAGGGCCGCGGCCUGCUCCCUGACAACACCUCACGAUUCACGUGCAAGGGAAAGCAAGUGUUUCACUUCAUGGGGACCAGCACCUUCUCUGAGUACACUGUAGUGGCUGACAUCUCUCUGGCCAAGGUGAACGAGAAAGCUCCUCUGGAUAAAGUCUGCCUUCUUGGAUGUGGCAUUUCUACCGGUUAUGGAGCGGCCCUUAACACUGCCAAGGUUGAGCCUGGCUCCACAUGCGCCGUGUUUGGCCUCGGAGCUGUCGGCCUGGCUGUUAUAAUGGGCUGCAAGGUCGCUGGUGCAACCAGGAUCAUUGGUGUGGACAUCAACCCCUCAAAGUUUGACAAGGCAAAGGAAUUCGGUGCCACCGAGUUUGUGAACCCAAAGGACCACAGCAAGCCCGUCCAGGAGGUGCUGGUGGAGAUGACAGACGGAGGAGUGGACUAUUCUUUUGAGUGCAUUGGAAACGUGACAAUCAUGAGAGCUGCUCUGGAGGCGUGCCAUAAAGGAUGGGGUGAGAGUGUCAUCAUCGGCGUGGCCGGAGCUGGACAGGAGAUCUCCACCAGACCGUUCCAGCUGGUGACAGGCCGAGUGUGGAGGGGCACUGCCUUUGGAGGGUGGAAGAGUGUGGAGAGCGUCCCCAAGCUGGUGGAGGACUACAUGAAUAAAAAGCUGAAGGUGGAUGAGUUUGUGACCCACACUCUGCCCUUUGAGAAGAUCAAUGAAGGUUUUGACCUCAUGCAUGCCGGAAAGAGCAUCCGCACAGUGCUGACCUUCUAAAGUGCCUGACGCACCGACAUCCUUCACAUUCAGCCUUGAAACGAACUUCCUUUAUGGUUGCAGCACUUGACACAUUUCUCUGCACUUGUUUUGAUGACAUAGCUGUCAGUAUUGAAACUUAAUUUUUAGAAGCACAAAAUCUGUUCUGAAACUAAAACAGUGUCAUUAAAAGUUUUUGAAUUGGUGUCCA